AUGACAACCCCGGAGGUCAACAGCCUCAACCUCCUCGACCUCCCCGUGGACAUCCUCAGCAUCAUCCUAAAGCCACUUGUCACAUCUUCAACGCCUAUAUGUCUCUGCCCGUGCGCCAGAUCAACCGUCAACCCGCUGCCCAUUCUCCUCUCCCACCCAGCGCUACACACCAUCGCCACUCCGCUGCUGUACGCAGGAAACGAAUUCUUACUGGAUGCAUCAGGGUCCCAUGCGCAACACAUCCGCAGGGAGUUACAGAGCGCUCCGCUCGGAGCCGACGACAGACUUGCCGGCCGAGCUACGCUGCUCACAACACGAGAUGCUCUACGCAGAAUAGCAAGACUGGAAGUACGAAUUGAUCGUUUGAGAGGAUGGAUAGGGACAGAUAUUAUACCACUACUCACGGAGCUAGCAGUGCAAGGAAGAAUGGACUACCUCACAGUCUGGGUUCGCACCCCCAUCGAGCCGAGGACUCCGGUCCAUUUCCGCCCUGCCAAGCCGGGAAAAGAUCUGGACAUGUUUGCACGACCACCUCUGGAGGGCUUGAUGCGUGUCCUGGCAGAUCCAUACUUACUGUCAGCGCGGUUGUGGGUAGACGCGCGGCAUGCAAAGACUUGGUGCCGGUUCCAUUGUACCGGAGGAUGCGGAGCGGAGAGUGGAGACCCGGGACGGGAGCGGGCGAGGGUGGAGAUUGAUUGGCGGGAGAUAAUCCGGGUGGUAGAUCCGGAUAGAAAGGAGAUUACGGUCAUAGGCACUGAGAAGAAGUGGUGA